GAAGACAUGAAUCGCGGCAAACCAAACUGGGAACACUUAGACGAAGAGUUGCACGUACUAGUCAGCGUGGAGGAUUAUGAGAAUCGAGCAGCUGUCAAACUUCGAAGAGCAACCGAAACAAUUCGGAAUUUUCUGGAGCAAGGGGUUCGCACGGAAGACAUGAAUCGCGGCAAACCUGGGUGGGAACACUUAGACGAAGAGUUGCACGUACUAGUCAGCGUGGAGGAUUAUGAGAAUCGAGCAGCUGUCAAACUUCGAAGACCGAAACAAACAAACAUGAAUCGCGGCAAACCAAACUGGGAACACUUAGACGAAGAGUUGCACGUACUAGUCAGCGUGGAGGAUUAUGAGAAUCGAGCAGCUGUCAAACUUCGAAGAGCAACCGAAACAAUUCGGAAUUUUCUGGAGCAAGGGGUUCGCACG